GUUAGCAAUCUAGUUCAGUAUAGACAUCUGUGUAUUGACUAUUAUGUUUCAGUCAUAAAUAUAUGCUAUUAAUUUUUUCUAUGGCGAUGGUCUUGAAACGAUUCAAAAAUAUAAUGUGUAGUUGUUUUUUACAUGAAGAUAACUCAAUGAACAGUAUACACAACUUUAUUAACAGUAUGAGAAUUAGGAUACUUGCUUCACAACUUUAAAAUAAAAUAAAAAUGAGUACUCGAGUGUUAAAUGAUAUUCAUAAUGAUCUAAAGCAGCUUAUAAAAAUAUUUACAUCAUAUAAGGAAGAUGAAGAAGGAUUUCGAAAAUGUGAACGAUUUUGCUUAUCAACUAUCAAACACCAUCGUUACCUUUCUGUUAAUAGUCAUGCAACUAAAGAAGCUAUAAAUGCAUUGGUCACCAAAUUUUCAAUUCAUGGAAAAUAUGAAGUUGCUAAAAAAUUUCGAGAAUUAGUUGAUACAUUUUUAUCAAGUUUUGAUUUUGAUCAACAUCCACAAUAUGAUCUGCAGUGGUGUCUGUUAACAUUCUUAUUGGAUUUAUCUACUGAAACUCACAAAUCCAACUUAGAAUGCUUAAAACUUACACAUGGAGAGUACAGUUUUAAUGUAGCUGCUGGAAAUGAAGAUAGUGUUAUAGAAGAAAUAGACUGGGCACAGUAUUUAAAAGAAGGCCAAGAAAAUUUCUUUUGUGAUUAUGAAAGUGAUGACAGUGAAAGUGAAUGGUCUGAAAUAACAGAUGAGGAUAAAACAGAAAAUGAUAUUUCUUUGUCAACACAAAUUUCUAAUAUGCAAUUAGAUAUUGCAAAACAAUCACCAAACAAUUUAGAUAACGUAACAGAUAAAUAUUCCCUAUCAUUAGCGCAAAAUCUUGAAUCCAGGAAGUGGCUCUUAUCAAAUAUUCAAACAGACUACUGGAAUAAUUUACAAUGUCAAAAGUAUCCUGUUACCAAACGAUCUUGCAAUGCAAAUAUAUGUGAUAUUUGGCAAGAAAGCUCAUCAGCUUUAUACAAAAUAAUUACUCUCAGUGAAUAUCAAGUAUGCAGAGAGCUAUUAUGGAUGUUUUAUGUACAAACACCCAUGGUAGUGUUUCAGCAAGAAAAUAAGUCAAGAUUUUCAAUACGUUCCAAUAUAUCUAUUCCAAGUUUGACAACAACUGCUUUCAAAAGUAUUCUUUUACCAUUCUGUGAAUACUUUUCGAUGAUAUAUGAUAUUAAAAAAUUUGGUACUGACUUACAAAUGGAUCAAGACUCAGAAUGUCAAAGUCCUCCUUUGACUUAUGAAGCAUAUAAUGCAGCACUUAAAUAUCACAUGUAUGAAUUUAAUAAUAAAGUUAUCAAUGUAGAGAAAGAUGUUAUGAAGCAAGAGAAUUGCAACACGUUUUUGUCUAUAUCAGCUAGUUUAAAGAAAUAUUUAAACACUGUAAAAAUACUUUAUGAUAUACAUCAAAAAGUUAUAACUGAUUGGAGAGUUAGUCCUAACUGGAAAUGUGCAUCUCGACUUUUGUCGUCUUUAUAUUAUGAAAUGCAGAAUUCUCAUAGCAUAGAAAGAAUGAAUAUCUGUACAAAUUUGUAUCUACGUAGUCUUACAGUUUAUCUUAACAUAAUUGAUACAUGGUUAAGUGAAGGACGUUUAGAAGACUGGAGAGAUGAAUUUAUAAUUAUGAGAAUUGCGGAAGAUGCAUUGAUGGAAAAUAAUGAACAGACUGAAAAAUUUACGGUACGAUUGUACGAUAAUGUUUGCUCGACAGAUCCAAUUAUGCAAUUUUUACUGCAGAAGGUACAACAUAUGGGUCAUAGUAUUGAAUUACUUGUUUCUUUCAAUCGAAUUACCGAUAUAUGGAGGAUAGAUAGUGAAAAUAAUGACAUGAGAAUCUCAUUAAAUACUGAACUUCAAAAUAAAUUAUUAUCAGAGAUCUCGAAAUAUAGCCCAUCAAUUGAAGAAACAGAUACAGCUGCGCUAAAGAUAGUUGAAAUAUCAUUACAAGAAUAUGACAAUGAUGUUGAAAAAAAUAUAAUACAACAAUUGUCAGAUUUGCACAAUCCAUUUUUCAUGAAAGCUAUGGAAGAUUAUAUGCCACCUGAAUUCUGUAAAAAUGAUACAGUGGAUGCUCAUAUAUUUAAUACUCGUAACUCUCAAAUUCAAGAGGAUCAAAUGCAUAAUUUAUAUAAAAAGUUGCAAAAGAUAAAAUAUAUUUUACCAUUGCAAAGUAUCUUGGAGAAUACAUUAUCUGAAAUAUUGAUCUUCCGAUAUAACAGCGCUAGCAAAUUAGUAAAAGAUAUUAUGGUCGAGGAAUACAAACUGCAAACACAUUUGAAAUUAUUGAGAUUUGUUUAUAUGAUGGAAGCUGGACAUGUGAUGAAUAAAUUUUGUCAAAUUUUAUUUUACGAGAUCGAAAACAAUCAAAUGUGGGCUAAUUCAUAUUUUCUAUCAUGUGUCCUUGAAGAAGUGUUUUCUCAAUAUUGGCCAGACACAAGUUUACGAUGGUCCAUUAUAGUUCACAGCAACAUUAAUACUCGACAAAUAUUACAAGCUGUAAAUAAUAUAAAACUGAAUUACACAGUAGAGUGGCCUAUAAGUAUAAUGCUGACUGAGAAAGUCUUGGAAAAAUACAAUGAAAUAUUUAGAUUUCAAUUAAAAUUAAAAUGGGCUUUAUGGACGUUAAAUAAUUUAAGAUUUUGUGAUCUAGAAGGUUCUAAGUCCCCAUGUAUACGGGACAGAUUGGAACAGUUUCACGUAAGACGUCUUGAAAGCCUAAAAUUUUGGUUGCUGCACGCAAUAGGAUCUAUUCACACAUAUAUAUCUGGUCAAGUAUUACAAAGUCUAGGUUUCAUAUUGGAGAAAGUUCUAACUGAGGCAGAUAAUCUUGAUAUGAUUAUAUCAGUGCAUAAUGAAUACUUGAACAAAGUUCAUGAGCAUUGUUUAUUGACUGAAGAGUUUGAAGAUUUAAUGACAACUAUAAAUCAUAUGAUUGAAAUGUGCGCCCGUAUACGAGAUAAAUGGUCACGUAAAAUAUUAUUAGCCGAAGAAUUGAAUGUGAUGGAACAUAGUUACAUAAAAUACCACACGUAUCUCGCUUUAGCUUUGCACAAUGCAGUGCAGCAUAAGGACGCGGAUUAUUGUAAGUUUCAGAAUUUACUGGCAAUACUUAAUGUAUUUCAAGAUAAUUAUCCGCAGUUCUGCAAUUCAAUCGAUCAAUAAUUAGUAUUCUUGCAAACAAUUGUAAAGUCAGUUAUCAGAAAUGAGAAAUACGAAAUUUGAUUAUUAUUUCAACAACAAUAACCAAGAUAUAUUAACAGUUAACUUAUAUGUACAUAUCAAAUUAUGAUAAUAAUAUACUUGAUAUUAAUAUAUCAUAUUAAUGAAUGUCGAAGAAUGAAUCAUUGCUGCAUGAUGAUUAACAAUAUUAUAGCUUCCAAUAUAUAUAUAACGUUUCUCCCUUGCUUUAUUUACAGUGACUGGCUUAAGUUCAGCCUUUAACUGCAGUAUACCAUGUGCUUAGUUUUAUAUUAAUAGAGAAUGCCAACUCGUUCCACAAUUUAACAACAUUACCAGUGUGAUUUCUGAUUUCUCCAUUGUGGGAUUAACAUCGACAAAUUUCACUUCAUUUGUUUUUUUCACUUCAAUUACCGCUUUAUACUACAAUUGUGAACUUUUCAUAUAGUAUUUGGCUAUGCUAUUGUUCCUAGAUCAAUGUACUGUUAUUUUAUUAAUAUUCUUUAUUUUUUUAUACUAAUUAUUUUAGAUUUAAAUAUAUUACAUAGAUACUUGUAAUAUAUUGGUAUAAUUGUAGGGAAGAUUAUAUAUUUGAUAUUAAAAUUAUUGAUUUUAUAUACAUAAAUGUGAGAGAAAGAGAGAUAUGUUAAUUUACUUUAAAAAAUAAAAAUUGAGUAAUUGUACUUGAUUAACUCCACAGUAAUAACUUUAAUUGAUAUUUCUUAUUCCAUAUUUCAACAUUUUGUCUCCUAUUCCUUAUAAUUUAAUCCCUUCCAGAUAAAUUGAUCCCAACUUCCACAGUCUGUACUAGUAGUAAAUCACUCAAAGACAAUGACAAAUUUAUUAAACUUAUUACUGACCUUAGUCGAACUUUAUUAACGGAAAUUGCACAUCAAAGUUUACCACCAUCAGGCAUUCCUCUUCCAAUACCAAAAUUAAUUCAUGGGAAAAAUUGGCAAAUCAGGUAAAAACAAGAUGGCUUAUGUAUAUUACACAUUACGUAUGUAUAUUGUAAGUUAAAAUAUACGAAAUUACCUGUUUUUUGAAAUUUCAGUUCAGAAUCGUUAUUAUCUGUUGAAGUCUCUUUAAAUAAAUAUGAACAAACUUUUUCCUAUAUACGUUGGUAUCAAUAUAAGGAACAAUCUACUAUUCUGAAUUCGUCAUAUAACUUUCAUGAUGAGAUAAAAGAUAUCGCCGUCGAUUCGUGACAUUGUAGAAACGAAGAUUUUAAACAGAAAUGCGGAUUUAAAUAUUUAUACAUGUAUAUAUAUAUACAUACACACACACACACACACACAUGUAUGUGUAUAUAUAUAUACACAUAUAUGUAUAUAUACUAUAUAUUAUUUUCCAUUCAUAUACACGACAUCGCAUUACAAAAAGUAACAACUAAUAAUAUAUAUGCAUUUAAAUUUCUCCUAGUUAACAAAUUAUGAAAGUGUUGCCAUUGGUAACUUAGGAUUAGUGUGUGUGUGUGUGUAUUUUAUCUUAUACAAAUAUAUUUAAAAUCAUAUAUUAGUAAUAUGAUUACUUAAUAUAAAUUAUCUUUUAUAUGAAAAAUACGCAUUUAAUAAUAUUUUAUAAAAAAAGGCUAUUAUGAAAGAGAGAGAGUAAAAUAUAAGAGUUUAUGAAACAUCUGCAGAAAAUGAAGAGAUAUGACCUCUACAUAAGUAGUAAUAAAAUUAAUACAUUAUAUACAUUUAUGUGAGAAAUUUUUAAUACAUUGCACAUAAGAAUUAACUCUGUGCAAUCACAACAGCACCAUUUUGACCAAUGGCUCCACUUUGUGCUCCGGUAGGAGCAUUUGAUGUUUCAUUAGUACUAACAGGAGAAGAUGAAUGAUUGGUUGCAUUUGUUGCAGCUAACGCCUUGUUCCGUAAUUCAAAAACUUGUUGUAUCGCCUUACGAAAACAAA